AUGACCAAGCAGGGAAGGCGUUGCCUUUGGGGAUUGUAUACCGGGUGCCCUCAACGGCCGUCCACUGGCUAUUGCCCCGUCGUCCGAUAUGCUACUCGAAACCUCCUACCUGCCCACAGGCAAUACGAGGAAUCUCACACUCCCUACUCAAUCAGCAACCUUAGGCCUACAAAUGGAAGUAUCAGUAUCAACAACAGCAGCCGCGGGGGCCUCAGCGGGCAGCACAGCUCACUGCUCAUACGAACAGCCCCUUGGCGGAAAUUCUGUCGGCUGGGAGUGUCAUUAACGGCAGCUACGCCUGCAGCAACAAAUCCAGCAGCCACAUCCACACCACCCGGAACGGGGGCGCAAGCUUCAACACCAACUUGCAUUGGGCUUGCCACAGAGACAAAAUCAGAUCUGAACCGAAGUACAGCCGACGCAGCAGCUGUAGCGACGUUUUCUGAUACUGUUCAUUCACUAUCUCGUCCCUGUCGCCCUCUGGUGUUCGGCGGCCUGUCAACCACGCAUGGCAGUGCAUUAAAGCUCGGUAGUGAUUCACCGUUGGACGGCGCAAUCUUCUGCGUUGGUGGCGAGACAACAGUUGUACAGUGGUCGCAGGAACUGCAAAAACCGCAACAGAGACGGCAGCAACAAGUGCAGCGAGAGACGAUUCGCCAGAAGCAGCGGCUAUGCACCCAUCUCCCUUUGAAAGCAUCAGUUGGAAGACUCAUUAACCACAACAACGAUACUACCAACAACAGCAGCGUCACGUGUAGUCUCGAGAGCAGCUGCAACAAAGGACCUGGCUUUUACAAUGCGCUAGAAGGGGAAGUAGUCACAGGAGCAGCGGCAGAAACUUCCCCAACAGCUGGUACGGAGACAGAUCAACUACGCAUUGAUCGACAGCAUAGUGAGGUGCCUCGAAAGGGCCAAGUGCCCAGCGCUCUUGUCGCUGCCACUCUCGCUGCCCCUGCAUGCGCCUCGAGUUUGGCGCCUUCAGCAGAAAGCCAAACAGAUUUCGUUACCUGCCCGGCAGGACUGUCAGCUGCUCUAAGAGGAGCUGAAGCAAGAUCCGCUCCCGUGGGUAGCUCGGGCGGAACUACUGUAGCCACCUUAUCAUCGCCCGUCGCGUUGGCGAGUGAUGCAGCACCUGGGGAAGCCGAUAGUGCUUUACGAAGGGAUAUUGCACUGGCAACUGCCAAACCAAGUAGUGCGGUACCAAGUAGCAUCGCGUCAGCAGCGGCUGUAUUGGUCAACGGUGCAGUGGCAGUUGUUCCUGCGUGCAGCAGCUGUUCGUUGAGCUCUGCAUCUGUUUGGAAAAAGUGGCUGCUUCUGCUUUGUGAGAGCGAUCCACAUCGGCGACAGGAGCUGCUGCUGAAAUAUCCGCCCCUUUGCAAAAGGCACAGCAAGAAUAUUGGACAAUCCGGUCACCGGGACUUUGUCGUUGGCUUUCGGCAACUACGCCGUCUGCUAGAGGCUGCUGCCCUUCACCCACAUGCCACAGAAGCUUGCGUUUCCGUCUUAAGACAACGUCUCCGGCUGGGAGUGGACGGGAGUGCAGCAGGAGAAGGCACAGUUGCAGCAGCUGCCGGAGCUGGAAGCGUUGCUGAACAUAGGGGGGUGUUGUCUUCUGCAGACUCAGCAACAGCUGUGCAAGUUGCACGGUGUCUGGCUUAUGUGGAGGGUGGCCUGGCGAUGCUUGCACUGGAAAAGGGAGCGCAAUUGAUGCAGAGCCUUCGGGACUUCGACUGUGCGGACAGCUUCCUCCUUGAGGCCACGGCAGACGGUACUGCCUGUGGUGUUACUUGUGGCUAUGGCGACGUUGAUACCGUUGCUCCUGGUGAUGCCUCAGCGCUGCUGGCAAAGGAACUUCGGUUACUUCACGGUGACUCCUUUGACUUCUCUUGUGUGACGGCGCAAGUGGCAGCUGCUGCAGCAGCUGCUGAAACUGAAUCAAUCGUGGAUACAACGGCCUCACGCCCAGAUGUGUUAAAGACCACGCCUAUUUACGAUGGUGAUCGACAGUGUUUGAGGAGAAUGCAACAGCAGCCGCCGCCUCCGGUACUGCAAGAGUUACUAAAAAUUGGAGGAGGAAAGCACCGUGUCCGCUGUGUGAUAUGCGGCCGCUCCCUUAUCGUGUCAGCGGAUGAGCUUCUUCGGGGGCCCUUGAACUGCCCAGACUGUGAAGCAUCGUCAACUGUAAUUAAGGGAGCACCAGCAUCGACGGCAGUAGCGGCAAGACGGCAGACACAAUGUUGUGACGCAUCGUGUGCCGAAUGGUCAUCCGUUGGCAAUUCCGCUUCAUUGAUGAAUGAUGUGCAACAGCAAAAGCAAUGCGAGUAUGGAGACGUACGCCAUGUGCUACAGCAGCUGGAAGCAGCGACAUCCUGGGGGACGAACAGAUUUGCGUUGGCUUCCCCAGCUUUCAUCGCAUCCGUGUGUAGCAGCAGCAGGCUGUCGAGUAUUAAAGUCCGCGUUCAUCCCUUUCCGGAACCAGCAUCUCGUCUCUGUGGUUCGUUCAGCAGCACCAAUGCAGCAGAUGUCGAAACAGCCGAAACUGCUCCUGGACCUUCUCAGACGCCAGCAGAGCCUCAACUGCAGCACGUGGGGAAGAGAGGUUUCACGCUGUCUGCAGGGACGCGGUUUUGGGCAAUGCCUGUGUCAUUUAUCGAAGCCGUUCAUACUCGCCAAGUGGAAGCGCUUGAACGUUUGGCUGAAACUAGUUCGCUGCAGCUGUUGCCUGCAGCAAAUGCCGCAGUAGCGCCAACAACAGAAGGACGAGGCUCAGCAGCAGCCGCACAUCUAUGCGGAAAUCGUAUUUUGGAGGUCUUGACAGCUACAGAAGGUUACGAUGCUCAUAGAGAUAUAAAAACAACUUCAGCUCUUCCUCCGCUGGUCAGCGAUGAUGAGGCAGCAGCGAAGCGUCCUUUCCUCGAUGUCCAGACAGCCGGAGCAUUCUGUGGAACCAGACUUUCUGCCGCAGCAUCACCAGCAGCAGCGCAUAUUGGAGAAGUGCGUGAAAGCUAUGUUGCAGUGACUGCUGUCCCUUUUUUCGACGAUCCAGGUGUGGAAACAGUUCGCCUAUCAGACGAAGCGGCAGUGUUGGACGCGCUGCAGGCUUCAACGCCCCCACACAAAGGUCAUCGCCUGGCCAAACUGAAACUGCAGCCUCGUCGGGUUCUUGUAGAUGAAAGCUCUCAAAUCACAGAGUUUGCAGGCCUCGGGGCUUUGGUCGAUGGAGUUGAGGUGGUGGUGCUGAUAGGUGACGAGCGGCAGCUGCCCCCAGCAUCGGCUCUGCAGGCAUCGGCUUCACCUCGCUCUUUGUUUAGCGCCCUCAAGGGUGGCGCUUGCAGGUCGGUGCUGCUCAACCUUCAAUUCCGAAUGCCUCCUCUCCUUGCUGCAUUCAUAUCUUCUCACUUUUAUGACGGCAAGCUCCUAACGCACCCUUCCCGGGCAGAUCCUUUGUCUUUUCACGAGCCGAAGUUGCCGUUGCCGUCAAAGCAACCCCAACGGCAUCAGCAGCGGCUUCAGAGGCGGCAACUGCAGGCGUCGGACAGCGUUGAUUUGACUCCGCUCUUGGAAUUCCCGCAGCAUGUGACUACAGAUACACACCAGAGCAGUGCUACCAGUCAAGACAACAAUGGCAUGCGCACUAUUUUGGGGAAAACGGCGUCGCUGCACUGUAAAGAUCCCAAUGAGGGGAAUCUGACGGCUGUAGUUAAUCCUCUGGAUAUGGCUCAAGAUGAAUUCUGUUUCCCGUGGCCUGACGGCAGUGAAGGUGACAAAGAUCUUGCCAAGAGACUGAUGGAGCAGCUAGGGGCACAGUGCAAAUCUUCAGGGGAAACAUGCCCAUCGUCUCGUUGGGUGCAGGAGAUGCAUCGUUAUCCCAUUCCCAACGUCCUUCCGAUUCUUUUCUUAGACACAUCGCCUUGGGCAUCAGGUCCUUCCAGAAGGCUGGCGAGAAUAGCACUGCCUUCUUCAGCACCGGAGGCCGCAGUGGCAACUUUUGAUCUGGCUGAUGCUGCAGGAUCAGCGCGUAGUGCAUCCGGCUGUAAACCACUUAUAAAGAGCUUGCCCGCGGAGCAGCGCGUUAAAAGUUCCCUUCAAAAUCCGCUGUCCGUAAUCGAAGCUGCAGUAGUGCCGUUCAAACAUGUAAAGGAGGCUUUCAUGGUGUACAGAUGCGUAGAAGUAUUGCUCAGUUGCGGCGCCUCCAAGCAGGAUAUUGCAGUGCUGACUCCCUACCAGGCCCAAGCGCAACUCCUGUCUCGCGUACUGCAUCGCGAGCGGGAAGAUAACGCCCGAGGGAGCCGCAGGCGGUCAAGCCGCCUCUCAUUCGUUCAGCCUGCGCUGGAUGUGCUGGACGAGAGGUGCCGCCCGCACCCGCAGGUAUUUACAGUUGACGGAUUUCAAGGCCAUGAGAGAGAGUACAUCAUACUAUCUACCGUUAAGGGGUCUCGUAAGAGCAUCCGUGAAUUCUUUCUGUUUGACCCGCGACGGAUUAAUGUUGCACUGUCGAGGGCCAGCAGAGGCCUCAUAAUCGUUGGCAAUGCCCAAGCACUUGCUGACGCAUCACCAACAUGGAGUAGCUUCGUCUUAUUCCUAAGGACCCUCGGAGCAGCACUGCCCUUGGAUCAUCCCUCGCUGAGAAAGAGUCUUACAAAGGGUAUGCUGCUUCCCCGUCCGAAACCUCCCCAAUGGCAAGACCCGCCGAGCGACUUGAACCAUUGGAAGCGCAUGCCAUCGGGGGAAGGGGAACAUGAAGACCUUAAGACUUCGCCACAAUCAGCCGAAACCUCGUAG